UCUAGCUCUUUCCAAACGCAACUCAAAGCACAAUUUAAACCGAUUUUAACACCAGCAACCGAUAACUCGACUGUUUUCCUCUUACUCGAUCCACUUUCUCCCUUCAUCGUGCACCCUUUCCUGGUCGUGCUUCACACCAACUGGUUUGCAGCCCCGAUCGCGCUCGUUGAUAAUUUUUCAAUAUUAAAAGCGUGCAGCUCCACUCAAAGAUAACUCGAAUACCCCAGCCCACCCAAUAUGUCUUUAUUUGCUAAGGUGUCCUCGGCCCGUGUGGCCAUGAGAAGUGCCCUCCUCUCCACCACGCUCAUCUCUACGCUCCGCGCCGCGCUUCCUGCGACGGUGAUCCCAGUGCGUACUGCAACCAAGAAAGCGGCCGGUUCGAGAACCUCGAUGAGGGAUUCCGCCGGUCGUCGUUUGGGGGUCAAGAAGCAGGACGGAACGUUGGUCAAGAUUGGCGACAUUAUCGUCAGACAGAGAGGGACCAGGUUCUUCCCCGGCGAGAACUGCAAGAUCGGGCGCGACCACACCAUUUAUGCGGUGGAGCCGGGUUACGUGCGCAUCUACCUCGAUCCGUUCCACCCAAAGCGCAGAUUGAUCGGCGUGGCGUUGGAGGAGCACUUGCUUUUGCCGACCCCGCACUUUGCGCCCCGCGUCAGGCGGUUUGGGUAUGCGCCAAUUGAGCGCGCGGUUGACGCGCAGGCCGAGGAAGCCAGAAUGCUCAAGCAGGAGGCACUCCAGUUACCUGAACAGUUAGCCGCCGAGGCUGCUAAGCGUGCACAAGACGCUGCGAGACAAAGCGUGCUCGCUCUGCAGAUCGUAGCCUUUGUCGAAUUGCCAGCUGAGGAGCAAACCCUCGCUGGCGCCAGAUUGCUCGCCAUCGAAAACCAGUUGCGCAAUGGGAGAGCUAUUGCUGAUGCCCAAUCCAUCACAUCCUUCGAUUACCACUUUGACAUCAGACACGAGGCCCGCAGAGCCGGAAUUGCGCCAGAGGAGACCGAACGCUUGUCACAGCAGUACCAGGAGAUGGCCUCGAAGGUCGAUGCCGCCGUUUCGUUCCACUCACUCACGUUUGACUUGAUUCCACACAUGAGCGCCACAGACAUGGAAGCUGCGAAGGCGCAGCUUGUUGAACAGUUGCGCGCGUGCGUCAAGACCAAGAAGGCCUUGAGCAAGGAUAUCGACGCCGCUGUCGUCUUUUCGGCUGAAGAGAGGGCCCUCUUGAAGAGAGACUACUUAUCCGAGGGUAUUGCCGGCUCCGUCAAGGUGUUCAACAAAGACACCAGAAAGGUUGAGGUCAUUGAUGCCGCCAAAUUGGGCUUUGUUCCAACUCUUUAAGGCCUGGGCCCCGUGUAUAUAGUAAACUAUUGAUAAACAGAAAAUUGUAAACGCCAAAGAGAUUCGAGUUGGACCCUUGUCAAGUAUCAAACAGGAAGCACUCGGGAGGUCCGCAGAUACUGUGCUCAAAGUACAUCGAUAUAGCUUACAAUCAUGCGUUAUAGGGUAUAAUAUUUACGUGGGGUUGGUCCAGCCCACCCCUGGAU